CAAAAGGAAAAGAGAAUAAAGAUCAUGAGUGCUUUAACCUAUGAGAUUCAUUUCACAGUAACAGUUGGUGGUCCUUAAAAUCCAAUCUCAGGUUACAAUCCAAAUGGAGUGGCUUCAUUCCUCCUCCACGGCCCACACUCUUCCACUCCCCUCCCCCUGUUCUCUCGCUCUUUUCACCCCCCCCUUUUCCUUUGGUCUCCGCCAGCUUUGAUUCCCCAUUGCCAAACUCUUCUUCCUCCCCCUCUGCUCUCUCUCCCCAUGGCAGCAGCCGAAGAAGGUCCUGAACCACUGAAAUACCAGACUUUGGCCUUGAAGGUCUCCACCCACUGUGAAGGCUGCAAGAGGGAGGUGAAGAGAAUCCUAAACAUGGAAGGGGUUUACAGGAUUAGCUUCGGCCCGCAGCAGCACAAGGUUGUGGUGAUCGGAAACGUGGCUGCGGAAACCCUCGUAAAGAAGCUCACCAAGUCGGGGAAGCAUGCCGAGCUCUGGCCCGAGCCGCUGCCGGAUGAGAACGCCGGUGGGGGCGGGGGUGGCAAGAAGAAGAAGAAGAAGAAGAAAAAGAAGAGCAAGAACAAGAGUGAUGGCAUGCCAAAUGCGCCACCGGAGGUCCCCGAGAACAAUCAAAGCUCCUCCGGCGAAGAGAGCUCCCCCGAAGCUCCCGAUAAGCCAGAGGGGGAAUCCCCGAAGGGCGACGACAAGGAGCCGCCUCCGGCGCAGGAGAAACCGAAUGGAACGGAGAAGGCUGCCGCCACCAAUGUAGGUGGCGGCAAGAAGAAGGGGAAGAAGAGCCACAACGCAAACAACAACAACAACAGUGGAGGCGGUGGCAAUCCUGGUGGACCCGGAGGGCCUCCUCAAGAGUUCGGCAAGAAAGCAGCAGGCGGCCUUGCGAUCCCACCGGCACUUAACCUUCCCUUCUACAGCACCUCACAGCUGCCAUCUUACGUGGUGAGCUACAGCUCGGUGCAUCCGAGCAACAACUACGGCGGAGCGUACCACCCGGCGGCGCCGAUGCAGCACGGCAACUUUGUCUACUCCACGGCCGCCCCCGGCUCUUGCUACAUCUUCAGCGAAGAGAAUGCCAAUGCUUGCAGCGUCAUGUAGUAUAUACCUUUCCUUUAUCACCGGCCCUUCAAGUACGAUGCAUGGGUCAAUGGAGUCGAGCUUAUCGAGUCGGAUUUCGGUGUAUUGUAUUGACGCUGCAGCUUUUGUUGUUGUUUUGUUUUAUCAUGUAAAUAAUGUUCGAAGUUAAUCCAAAAACAGAGGAUUAAUCUAA